AUGUCUGACGGAAAAGUGUAUGUGGGCGGACUUCCGCACGAUGCAACUUCUCAAGAGAUUGAGGACGCUUUCUAUCGCUAUGGCCGCAUCAGAAAAGUUUGGGUGGCGCGUCGCCCGCCGGGUUUCGCUUUUGUUGAGUUCGAGGAUCUUCGUGAUGCCGAGGACGCGGUUAGGGCAAUGGAUGGAGCUCGAAUCUGCGGUGUGCGUGCCCGUGUCGAGCUCUCACAUGGUCGUGGACGUCCCGGCGGCGGUGGUGGUGGUGGUGGUGGUGGUGGAGGUGGACGACGAGAUGGAGGACGAGAUGGAGGACGAGAUCAUGGAUCGUCUCGUCGCAGCCGCUUCAUUCAUCUCCCCAACUCCCACUCUUCCUCCUCCUCCUCCUCUUGCAGCUCAUCGAUCGCCCAAACUGCCAGCUGCGCAAAUCGGCCACACACUUUCCAUGAACUAGUCACA